UACCUGUCCCGCCUCCUGAGUCGGUAGGCAACAGGUCAAAUUGCUGUUAUGCAACAGAUCCUGCUCCACUUCUGCAGAGUCACCACACGACAAACACGGCAGAGAUGGUGCAGCUAAUGGACAGUGAGGUGUUUAUGGCUUUCACCACCUAUGCUGCUAUUGUCGUUCUGAAGAUGCUGCUGCUGGCCCCUAUGACCAGUUACUACCGCAUCACCAGAGGGGCCUUCUCUAAUGAGGAAGAUGUGGCUGGAAAGUCUGCAGAGGAGAAGAAGAAGCUUCUGAGAACCCAUCCAGAUGUGGAGCGAGUCCGAAGGUGUCACCAGAAUGAUCUGGAGAAUGUUGUUCCCUUUGUGAUGAUUGGCCUGCUCUAUGCUCUGACCGGACCUGAGCUGUCAGCUGCUCUGCUUCACUUCCGCCUCUUUGCUGCCUCUCGGAUCUUCCACACCAUUGCCUACACCUGUGCUCUGCCUCAGCCCAGCAGAGGUCUGUCCUUUUUGCUGGGAUUGCUGGUCACCCUGUCCAUGGCGUAUAGGGUGCUCAGCGCAGCCCUGUUCCUGUAGAGAUGGGACUGG